GCAGUCGCUUAACGAGAUUUAUAGCGUGCAAAACGUGAGAUAAAUAAUUUAACAAAAAUACAGAUAAUAUUGUGUGUACAAUUAAAAAGAAACAAACAAAUUUAAUACACGCAAUGAAAUGUGGUAUUGUAAUUAAGUGGAUAUAUACUUAAUAUAUAAUGAAUGAUACGUACUCAUAAAGAGUUAUAGGUGAUACUUUAACAAUUAAAUUAAUUACAAUUACUUGCUUUUCACAAUUAUAUUAUAAGAAUACAAAAGAAUUUUCUAGGUUUACACGCACUCCGUUUGCUAAUAGGAAGCCAUCGGAGUUGGAUCAUCAAGCAUCGCAUGUCGUGCAAGUCCCAACAAAUAUACAUAUAUGUAUAUAAUUUAAUUAAUGCUCAAAUGGGCAACAGAGAUUACACUAUCAAAUAAAAUCAAUAAAGUGUUUAAAUAUUUAUAAAUAAAAGAAUAUCAAGAGCCGAACCCCGCAUUAUUUACACCUCUCUCUAAUUCUCUUAGUUCAAUUAUGCGAAAUUUCAGUUAGGCAUUUAAAUUUGAAACUAGUCAUCCAGUGGCUUGCUUAUCUGUCAGUACACUGAAAUCGCUUCACACGCGUGCACGUUGCCAACAUACAUAAUACGAGUAAUGAGUUCAGAAUACGACAGAGACGAGCAAGUGCCGCCACAAUGGUUGAACACUGGCUUCUUUGAGCGCGUCUUUCAGCCGAAAAACAACGGCGAAAAAAUGCAGAUUAUAAAUAUUAAAGUUCAACCCGCAACCAAAAAGGGUGAGCACUACGCCAGUGUAAUGUUCCGCGUAAAGGCGACGUUUACAUUUGCCGCCGACUGUGCCGCUGCACAAAGACCGCAAAGCAAGUCAUUCAUUGUAAAAGCGCUACCGGAGCUGGAGGGCGAGAAGCAGCGUUUGCUGGAAGGCUCAAAGCUCUUCGAAACCGAAAUCGGCAUUUAUACCGACGUUUUGCCCAAGCUGGUGGAGGUGCUGCGAUUGGCAGGCGAGCGCAUACGAUUUGGCGCCCAUUGUCUUCACCAUGCUCUGACGCCCAUUAAGGUAUUGGUUUUUGAAGACUUAACAGAGAUCGGUUAUGAAAUGGUGCGCGGUCGAACGUUGACGCUUAAGGAAAUAAAGGCCGGCUAUCGCAAAUUGGCUAAGUGGCAUGCUGCUAGCUAUAAAUUGGCGAAUGAUCAACCCGGACUUUUUGAUAAAUAUUACGAGAGUUUCAUGACCAUACCGUAUGUUGUCAAUAGCUCGUUCAUAUCAGGCGGAAUCAAGAACUUUAUCGAUAUGCUCGACACUGUACCAUCCUUAAAAAUGUACAAACCAUACUUUCAGGCCAUGCAACCAGGCUGGGCUACCAAAUGUCGUGCAACAUACACGGAAUAUUUCUAUAAUCCUCAACCCCACACUUGGUAUGGCGUCUGUCACGGAGAUGUGCUAGCCAACAAUUUGAUGUUCCGGCAUGUACCUCUUACUGGCGAAUUGGAUGAUGUAUUGUUGGUGGAUUACCAGCUUGCUUAUAUGGGACCUUUAGUCAAUGAUCUCAUUUAUUCUUACUAUAUGCUCUACACGCCGGAGCAACGUGCCGAAAAUUAUGAGGAACUCUUUGAGCAUUAUUUCAGACAUUUCGUACAGACAUUGGAAAUGCUGGGAUAUCAAACAGAAGCGCUAACAUUUGAAUGUUUCCAGCAACAACUGAAACGGCAGAAAGUUUUAGCACUUUUUCUUUUAGUCAGCUUUCUGCCAAUACGCCACGCAUUGCUUGCUGGUCUAAUAGACAGGGAUCACCUGAUGGCCACCGAUGAUGAGCGGCGCGACCUCUACUAUGACAAAAAUUACAUUGCCGAGUUGCACAGCAUUCUACCAAUGUAUUUGAAAUUAGGCUAUUUGCAAUAACAUAAUAAAAUAACAACAAUACUAUAAAUAAGAAA